CUGGAGCAUGGCCUCUCCCCGGACUCCUGUGUCCCCUCCGGAGUUACCCGAGAGAAACUUCCAGUACUGCCAAGUCCAGUACUGGGACCAGCGCUACAGAGAUGCGGCCGACUCUGGACCCUAUGAGUGGUUCGGGGACUUCGCUUCCUUCCGUGCCCUGCUAGAGCCGGAGCUGUGUCCUCAGGACCGUAUCCUCGUGCUAGGUUGCGGGAACAGUGCCUUGAGCUAUGAGCUAUUCCUUGGAGGCUUCCCAAAUGUGACCAGUGUGGAUUACUCUCCAGUAGUGGUGGCAGCCAUGCAAGUUCGAUAUGCCCAUGUACCCAGUCUACGCUGGGAGACCAUGGAUGUUCGAGCACUGGACUUCCCUAGUGGGUCCUUUGAUGUUGUCCUCGAGAAGGGCACAUUGGAUGCCCUGCUGGCUGGGGAGCCGGAUCCCUGGAAUGUAUCUUCUGAAGGUGUCCACACUGUGGACCAGGUGCUGAGUGAGAUGGUGAAGUACAAAGGAGCUAAGCUUCGGGAUGAAGAAUCACCAGAGAUUACAGUAGAAGGCAGGGCCACCCGGGACUCACUGGAGGUGGGAUUCCAGAAGAGGACAAGACAAGUCUUUGGUUCACAUACACAGUUGGAGCUGGUCUUGGCAGGCCUCAUUCUAGUGUUGGCUGCCCUUCUUUUGGGCUGUCUCGUGGCUCUGUGGGUCCAGUACCACAGAGACCCAGCCCAUAGCACCUGCAUCACAGAAGCCUGUAUUCGAGUGGCUGGAAAAAUCCUAGAGUCUUUAGACCGUGGGGUGAGCCCCUGUCAGGACUUUUACCAGUUCUCCUGUGGAGGCUGGAUUCGAAGAAAUCCUCUACCCAAUGGACGUUCUCGCUGGAACACCUUCAACAGCCUCUGGGACCAUAACCAGGCCAUACUGAAGCACCUACUAGAGAAUACCACUCUCAAUUCCAGCAGUGAUGCUGAGCGGAAGACACAGCGUUUCUACCUCUCCUGCCUACAGUUGGAGCGCAUUGAGAAGCUAGGAGCCAAGCCACUUCAAGACCUCAUUGACAAGAUCGGUGGUUGGAACAUCACAGGGCCUUGGGAUGAGGACAACUUCAUGGAAGUGCUAAAGGCAGUAGCAGGGACCUAUAGAGCCACCCCAUUCUUCACCGUCUACGUCAGCGCUGAUUCUAAGAGUUCCAACAGCAAUAUCAUCCAGGUGGACCAGUCUGGGCUUUUUCUGCCCUCUCGAGAUUACUACCUAAAUAGAACUGCCAAUGAGAAAGUUCUCACUGCCUACCUGGACUACAUGGUGGAACUGGGGAUGCUGCUGGGUGGACAGCCGGCCUCCACCCGGGAGCAGAUGCAGCAGGUUCUGGAGCUGGAGAUACAACUGGCUAACAUCACUGUGCCCCAGGACCAGCGGCGUGAUGAGGAGAAGAUCUAUCACAAGAUGAGCAUCUCAGAGCUGCAGACUCUAGCACCCUCCAUGGACUGGCUGGAGUUCCUUUCUUUCUUGUUGUCACCACUUGAGUUGGGUGACUCUGAGCCUGUGGUGGUAUAUGGGACUGAGUAUUUACAACAGGUGUCCGAGCUCAUCAACCGGACGGAACCAAGCAUCCUGAACAAUUACCUAAUUUGGAACCUGGUGCAGAAGACGACCUCAAGCCUUGACCAGCGUUUUGAGACUGCACAGGAGAAGCUGCUGGAGGCUCUCUAUGGUACCAAGAAGUCCUGCACCCCAAGGUGGCAGACCUGCAUCUCCAAUACAGAUGAUGCCCUUGGCUUCGCUCUGGGCUCGCUCUUUGUGAAGGCCACAUUUGACCGACAAAGCAAGGAAAUCGCUGAGGGGAUGAUCAGUGAAAUCCGCUCUGCUUUUGAGGAGACCCUGGGAGACUUGGUUUGGAUGGACAAGAAGACCCGGCUGGCAGCCAAGGAGAAAGCAGAUGCCAUCUAUGAUAUGAUUGGUUUCCCUGAUUUCAUCCUGGAGCCCAAAGAGCUGGAUGAUGUUUAUGAUGGGUAUGAAGUCUCUGAAGAUUCUUUUUUCCAAAACAUGUUGAAUUUCUACAACUUCUCAGCUAAGGUGAUGGCUGACCAGCUCCGCAAACCUCCCAGCCGAGACCAGUGGAGCAUGACACCUCAGACUGUGAACGCUUACUACCUUCCAACGAAGAAUGAAAUCGUCUUCCCUGCUGGCAUCUUGCAGGCCCCCUUCUAUGCUCACAACCACCCAAAGGCCUUGAACUUUGGUGGCAUCGGUGUGGUGAUGGGCCAUGAGUUGACACAUGCCUUUGAUGACCAAGGGCGAGAGUAUGACAAAGAAGGGAACCUGCGUCCUUGGUGGCAGAAUGAGUCACUGACGGCUUUCCAGAAUCAUACAGCCUGCAUGGAAGAACAGUACAACCAGUACCGCGUCAACGGGGAGAGGCUCAAUGGGCUCCAAACCCUGGGGGAAAACAUCGCUGAUAAUGGGGGUCUUAAGGCUGCUUACAAUGCUUACAAAGCAUGGCUGAGGAAGCACGGGGAGGAGCAGCCACUGCCUGCUGUGGGGCUCACUAAUCACCAGCUGUUCUUCGUGGGAUUUGCUCAGGUGUGGUGCUCGGUCCGCACACCAGAGAGCUCUCACGAGGGGCUGGUGACCGACCCCCACAGCCCUGCCCGUUUCCGAGUGCUGGGCACUCUCUCCAACUCCCGAGACUUCCUUCGGCACUUCGGCUGCCCUGUCGGCUCCCCCAUGAACCCAGGGCAGCUAUGUGAGGUGUGGUAGACCUGGGUGGGGAAAGAAAUGGGCAACUGUGGCCAGGGACUGGGGCUUCCAAGUCAGGAGAGAGUGAAGAUCAGCUGGUAUGACUGUCCCUCCACACUGCAAGUGAGAUGAAUCUAGACCCCACCACCACCACCACAUUGUGCCUCUGCUUUAGGGGUACCUGAGCCUCUAGCAGAGAUUCCACCAUUCACUGUGACAUCCUUUCAUGUGUCACCCUGGAGGGAGUCUAGGCAGAAGUGUCAGUUCCCACAGUGAUGAGUCUAUCUCAUUUGGACUUCAAGCUUGGAGUUUGGGGGAGUCAAGAGGAUAUGCCUGGGGCAUGCCCAUCUCUUCCCCGGUCAUACUCAGUGCUCUAUGAGAUUUGCUCAGCUCCCUUCAGCCUACCCUCAGGUUGCCCCCCACCUAUGAUCCUUAUGCUCCUCCUAGUACUGCUGCUCCCCUCCAGGACAGACCAACUGAAGGCAAGUGGAAGUGCUAAGGGCUCCCUUGGGUGAGAGGAGAAUUAUGUAUGUACAGUGGGUGCUGGUUCCCUGUGUCUCAAGGUGUGAGCCUCAGGGAUGACUGAUUGUCCCUGGGCCAAACAGAAAAGCAGAUCUAGUAGAGAAAAGGAAAGACUUUAUUUUUGCAGCGAAGAGGGUGGGGAGGGUGUGGUCUUGCUUUUAUAGGGCCCGUUGCUAAUAAAUAGAUCCUUACCAGUCAGCCUGUCUCUUCCUUCAGUUCUCUUUUUCCUUAUUCAGCCUCCCACCCUGCCAAUAUUUGAGCAGCUCCAAUACACUAGUGAUUCUUUACGUACUGACUUACUUGAAUAAAUAGGGGGCUGAGAUUUGAAGCCCAAGGAGACAAAGGUGGAGAGAGGAGCACAGUUGGGUCUGUCUGGUCAAAGUACCACAGCUGCAAGGGUUUGCAGCUGUCCACUGCAUCUGUGGCCAGCAUGUCACUGAAACUGAGGAGUAAGUGGGUAAGGUCAGCUUGGUUAUGUUUGUUUGUUUGUUUGUUUGUUUGUUUGUUUUGUUGUUGAGACAGGGCCUUAGUAAAUAGUCCUGGUGGCCUGGAACUCACUAUGUAGAUCAAGCUAGCUUUGAACUCAAAGAUCUACUUAUCCCUGCCUCCAAACUACUGGGAGUGCACCAUCAUACCCAACUUUAUUGUUCUUUAAAUCUACUUUUGAUUUGAAUGAUAUAUUGGCCACCAGUAAUUUGUGUCUCAGGCACUGUGGAUACAAUGUCUUCUUUCCUUUCAUGACUCCAGCUAUUUCACUUUUUUUUUUUUUUUAAAUUAUCUAAUU